UGUUUUCUUUCCUUCGUUUUAUAAACAGAAUUUUUACCUAUCGUUGUUGUAACGCACAUACUCAAUAAUCAUGGAAAAGGAAUUAGAUAAAGUAGUAGAGGAGAUCAUGUCGACUCCUAAUGUGAGUGGGUGUUUAGUAGCGGACCACCAAGGAUUAUGUUUGGCUGCGAAAGGUACAGCGCAUGUUGACUCAGCGGGUAUUGUAGUGGCGAUAUCGGAGCAGGCGUGUAAAAUACAACCGAAUUUGAAGCCUCCCACUGUGUGCUUAGAGACAGACAAGAAACAGUGCUUGAUUCAGCGACACGGAACCAUCACGGGAGCUAUAAUCAAACAAAAAUCGUAGCUUGGCCGUUACUUGGGAGGAAAUAAGCAAGAAGCAACUGGACCGAGUAUAAGAUUGAAUGACUAGAUGUUAUCCUUGUUAAACGAGAAAGGAUUGAUUCUAACCAUCAAGCCUAUGAGAUAACUAAUUACUAUACAUG